GUCUUCGUCCACUGCUGAAGCUUUUCAAUCGGCAGUGUACUUCCGAAAAUCUGUUGGUAAUCACCGCCGUUAUCGCGGUGCCACCGGAAGUUAACUGACCUAUGUAAACGGUCUUCAGGAGUUCGCCAACCGGUUAGUGGCAUCGCAACGAUUGAAGUAUCAACAUGUGGUCCGUGGGACUUGGAUUUUUGCUGUUUUGUGUUGUUACCGGCGCCGAACGCCAGAAUCAUUCGAGACUGGACGACAGUGCUGGGUUUAGUAUCGACGAAGUUGCGGUAUUGAAUCGUAAGUUUCUGGACUAUCUGGUGCAGCUCGAUGCAGCGCAAGCGGAAAGCGACGAGGAUCGCAGAUGUGUCGAUGCGAUGCAGCUGCUUUCCAGGGCUUACAUCAAUCGAGAACGUAACGGACUGGAGUGGUUCGACUCAUGGGGUAAGAUUCCCUCCGGCUUGUACUACGGCAAUGGAUUCGCGAUCGGGAACUACGAGCAGUGUCAACGGUUCAGCUAUGGUCAAGUCAACAGUUACCAUUGUACCCUGUCGGCAGCGAUGCCCAACAGUCAGCUACCGAUUGUGGCUUUCGGGCUUUGCUUACCGGAGUUGUGUAGUCCGGAGUUUUCGUUGAAGUUGUACGGAGGACAUCUGUUAGAGCAGGGAGUCGCGCUGCUGCCAGUCCUGAACUUUUGCAGUAGGGAUGCUGGUGUUAAGUUCAAUGGGGCUCUGAUUACGGCUAUUGUUAUAUUCUCCAUAAUUGCUGGAUUGGUAGUGGCAAGUACGGUGUACGAAGUUGUACAGAUCCUGCUGAAGAAUCCAAUAACAGUACAGUACGCGUCAUUCUCGUUAUAUCGGAACAUUCGAUCCAUCCUGCACGUCAUUCCGCGGCAAAAGGAUCCCGCCAAGAAGAUGGAUACUAUCGAGUGCGCCAACGGUAUUCGAGCGCUCUCAAUGAUCUGGAUCAUCGUGCAUCACGUCCAUGAAACUAGUGUUUCCUACCCCGUGAGCAACCCUCAAACGAGGCUCGAUUAUCUGUUUAGUUUUGUAUCAUCGGCAACCGCAAACUCGGGAUCGCUUGCCGUUGAUGCCUUUCUGGCAAUGGGUGGAAUGCUUGUCUCGAUCACGAUGCUCAGGGAGCUGGAUAAAGCCGGAAAGAUCAACCCGCUGAUGUUGUACCUGCGACGCUACAUCCGGUUGACUGCUCCGUAUGCGGCGUUAAUCCUGUUUGUGGUGUCUUUUCCAAUGUACAUGGGAGAUGGUCCACUGUGGAAAUCCACAAUGACAUCGCUGCAACGAGGCUGCUUGGAGAACUGGUGGUCUGCCCUGCUGCAUAUCCAGAACUAUGUCAACCCUAGGAAUAUGUGCCUCAACUGGACUUGGUACCUCUCCGUGGACAUGCAACUGUACAUCCUAGCACCAGCUCUAAUCUACCCUCUGUGGCGAUGGGGAAAACGUGUCCUCAUCGGGAUCGGUGGGCUAGCUUUCCUGUCGAUCGCGUGCGUCUUCACAACGUUCCUGGUGAACGAUUUUCGCGAUGUACAGAACGCAAUCCCUCUGCGAGAGCAAGUCCUAACCUACUAUCCAACUCACGCCCGGAUGGCCGCGUGGUUCCUCGGUGUCAUCUUCGGAUACAUUCUGCAUCGUACGCGAUCAGCCGGCUCAAACCUGCCAAAACGCUACUACGCGCUGGGAUGGUCAAUUUGCUUCGCAAUUUUGGCGCUCAUCAUCUACGGCGGUCACGAAGUAUUCCUUAUGGAGUACAGCGAGUCCGCGAAGGUAGCGGAUGCCUUUUACGUGUCCCUUUCGAGGCCGGUCUUCGGUGUGUGCGUCUGCUGGAUCAUCUGGGCCUGUGUCAACGGGCAGGGUGGCGUCAUCGAUGGCAUUCUGGGUUCGGAACUGUGGCAGCCGCUGGCGAAGCUGUCGUUCACGAUGUACCUGCUGCAUCUGCAGCUGCUGUUGAUGGCAUCGAUUGCGAACUCCAAAACGGAGCAGAACUUUAGCGUGAUGGAUUUGUAUUACCGAAUUUGGGGAGCGAUUGGGCUAACGACGAGUGUUUCGCUGCUGUGGAGUGCGGUGUUUGAGGUUCCGUUUGUUACGCUGGAAAAGGUUCUACUUCGAAAGUAACUGAUGAGUUAAAUAGUGCAAUGUUAAUGAUCCGAGAAUUUUUCCAUAAUCUGUAAACAAUUUUGAUAUUUUUUGUUAUCUUA